UCCUCCGGGAACCCGCUCGUGUACCUGGACGUGGGCGCCGACGGGCUGCCGCUCGGCCGCGUGGUGCUGGAGCUGAAGGCAGAUGUCGUCCCAAAGACAGCAGAGAACUUCAGAGCCCUGUGCACUGGUGAGAAGGGCUUCGGCUACAAAGGUUCAACCUUCCACAGGGUGAUCCCGUCCUUCAUGUGCCAGGCGGGCGACUUCACCAACCACAACGGCACAGGAGGCAAGUCCAUCUACGGCAGCCGCUUUCCUGAUGAGAACUUCACGCUGAAGCACGUGGGACCAGGUGUCCUGUCCAUGGCAAAUGCAGGCCCCAACACCAAUGGCUCCCAGUUCUUCAUUUGCACCAUAAAGACAGACUGGCUGGACGGCAAGCAUGUUGUGUUCGGCCUCGUCAAAGAGGGCAUGGAUGUGGUGAAGAAAAUAGAAUCUUUUGGUUCUAAGAGUGGAAAGACAUCCAAGAAGAUUGUCAUCACAGACUGUGGCCAGUUGAGCUAAACUUUGGCCAGGGUGCCAGGAUGGUGGCAGCUGCGUGUGUGUCAAUUCACCCAGCAGCCGCCUGGCUAUCAGCAAGGGUGCCCCCAGGAGGUGCCUGUGCUCUCUCUGUUGCUGUAUGCCUGAUGAAGGCCACUCGGGAACUUCGGACCCCUGCUGGGACCCAGCAGACUGCUUCCCUAGUUUCCACCCUUUCUCAUGACCCCUUUCUUGGCAUUUAUGGAUGCCGUGUCACCCACCCCUCCUCAAGCAUCGUCACCUGUGUUUGCUCAGCCCAGGUUCUCCUGUGCCUUGGACGGUGGAGGUGGUGAUGAUUUAGCACUGAGAAAAGGUCUCCGCCUCCCCUGGACAAAGGGACAGCCACUUGCUGUGAAAGGGCUGUAAUGCCUGUCAUGUUGUCUUCCUAACUGGAGCAGUUACGUAACAAGCUUGACUAGAAAUGAAGCUGUGACACUAACAACACCAUGCUGUGCUGUAACCUGACUUGGCACAGGCCACAGAACCCCAGAGCCUGGCUUUUGAAACAUGACUCAGGGAUUUUGUGCCAGUUCCCAUAGCCGAGGCCUUUCCUCCUGGUCACUGUGAAUCCCAUUGGUUUGCUGUUGUCAUUUUUGAGGAGGGUCCAUGGGGGUGGAAGUGGUUGAACCUGGGAACAAAUCUAAUGUGAGCUGUGCCUAGUCAAUGUGAAUUUCCAUGUUGAAAACAGAAAUGGCCUAGAAGUGCCCUGUGCUCUGGAAGAGAGUAUUUCCUAGUGGGCUUUGAUUUUACUGUGUGUUGAAUAAAUUAAAUCUACUUAUGAUGUAUUUAGAACAUUUGUAGAACAUUUAUUUGUGUUUACCUUAAAUGUGAUAAUAAAUCCUAUUUUCUAUUUUCUGUAAAA